UUUAAAUAAAUCAAAUUAUUAUUUUUAUCUUAAUUCUAUGGUUAAUUAAAUUAGUAUUUAGUAUUUUUAUUAAAAUAUUAUUUUAAAAAUAAUAAAAACUAAAAUAUUAAAAAAAUUUAAUUUUAAAUACAAUUUAAAUCUAAAAUUUUAUAGCUGCACAUGGUGAAGGAAAACAUUUAGUUUUUUUGAUACGCCGCUCAAGCGAAGGGAAGCUGAAGCAACGGCUAGAGAUUGACAUCUUUAAAAAAUGUGAUAUGAGAUAAAAUCAUUGCGCUUGAACCGGACGGUUUUGCGGCGUCGUGUGGAAGCAUAUAGCUUGAUAGCUUCAUAAAUGACUUGACCACAUUUCAAUUCUGGAAUUGCAGUAGAAAUUAGACGUGUGCACACCAGGAUUGGAGAUGCAGCAGAAUGGUAGAAGAAGCACCUUGGGUUUAUAAAUCCUUACAAGAAGCACUUUGGUUUACUAAUAAAAAAAAAAAAAGAGUAACAAAUGGUAGUAAACAAAAUUGAAAAAAGAUAGAAUAAUAUUGAAGAAGAAAGAACAUGAAUUUUAAACGAAGGCUAUUAAAACCUCUUUAUGUUGAGUUUGAUCGGUGGAUCAAAAUUCAGACAAAUAACUUGCUCUGAUACCGUACUAAGUUAUUAACUUAUGAGGAUGAAUUGUAUUAUUAUACAAUAGGGCUAUAUGGAACAAACAACGAAUGAGAAGAUCAUAUUAUUUAUUAAGGAGAAUAUAUAAUGAAGUCUUUUUCAAAACAAAAUAUAUAUAUAAUGGAGUGAUUAUUGUGAAUUUUUUUUUGUCGGCGAUUAUUGUGAUUGAAUGGGUCAUAUGAGUUGUGAUUGACACACUUGCCUUGAUAAGAAUAUCUAUACAGGUAUCGCUUUGGAUGUCUUAUUAAACUAAUGGAUUGCACGUUUUAAUUUGUAAAUUUUAAAACCAAAAUAAACAGAAGACGCGUCGAUAUUGAACUUUAAAUGUAUACUGUGUUGAAGCCGCACCGACGCAUCUUGCUGCCAUGGUUCACACAUAUUUGGACAGGUCCGAUAUUGAACAUGAAUGAAUCUCAUGCAUUAAUAUUAUAUAUCCCAUAUAUUUCCAUGGAAACCUGAAAGUAAGUUUUUUCUUUCUGGUAAAACCUGAAAGUAAGUUAGUAACAUUAAUCUGGUCAGUCAAGAAGUUUAUUUAAGUUCAUACAUAUAUUUUUUGGACAGGCCGCUCAAAAAUUCUUUUGACCUUGUGUAUAACAUAAAAAUAUGAUGUUUUUUUUUUGGUAAAAAAAAUAUGAUGUUAAGUACUUAAAAGUUGUAUAUACUAAUAUUUUUUGAUAAAAUAACAAAAAUACGAUAUAUCAUGGCCCAUAUAAAUCAAGAAAAUCUUUGACUUUCUUGAUGAUUUUAGAAAACAUGAUUAUACAUGUUCACAUGAUUAUACAUGUUCCAUAACACUUUAAAUGGUUUUUAGAUAGAGAAAAUUUGUUUCAAAAUAAUUGAUUUUCUCACUAUUCUAGAUAAAAUUUAAUAUCAUUUGAACUUUAUGACCAAUUACAAAAUAUUGUGUUCUUAUUGAUUUAAUUAAUUUCAUUUAAUGAUAUUUUUAUGUAUUUAAAAUAAAUUAUAUAGAAAUUUGUAUUUUUUUAAUCUAUGUGUAAAAACUUUAAAAUUCCCUUAAUAGUAGAAGGAGUAAUUUUUUCCCCUCUGAUGUGUUUGAAAUAGAUGACUCCCAUUUAAACUUUAUAAACAUUUCACGCGAUUCACGUUUAGAUCAUUAGCGUGGUUCACAUUUAGAUUAUUAGCCACGUAGACUUCAAGCCAUGGAUAGUUCACGUGAUUCAUGUGCCAUGGAUAGUUCACCUGAUUCAUGUUAAUCUAAUUUGUCUUUUACAAAUUACAAUGAAAAGACAUAACUCUUCAUACAAAUAGAUUUUAAAUAAUGGAAAACACCUUUUUUAGAUGUGAAUAUACCUUUUUAUGAUGAAAAGAUACAUAUAGAUAGUUUUUCAUAUUGAAACCUACUUAGAUCUAAAUCUUGAUCUUUAACAACAGACAUCACAAACUUACCGCCGAGUAGCUCGCGAGACGUGCAUGCAGGUGCUAAUGUCUUUUUAGAUUUGAUACAACAUGACAGCUAUACAAUUUGAUAUUUGAUAUCAUAAUAUCAAAUAAUGAUAUUAUGACAAACAUGAUAUUUGAUAUCAUGAUAUCAAAUACAACAUGAUAUCAGAUAUGCAUAAACCCACUGAAAUGAAUUAUAUUUUAAAAAAAACGUAGCUACUCUCCGAUAAAUACACCCUCUCACAUCAAGCCAAACUCCCACACAAACAAAAACAAAAGGACAAAAGGAUAAAGAUGGGUUUCAUUGGUAAGAAUGUUUUGCUAACUCUCUUAGCACUCUGCUGCUUCAUUUCCUUUGUUUUCAGUACCACAGAUGAACCUCUAAUAAAACUAAUAACACCAUUGACCAAAGCUCCAAGAAAAACUCUCCUACCGUUAAAAUCUCCUACUGAGCGAUCAACCCUCCCACCGUUAAAAGUUCCUACCAAGCUACGAUCAAUUAUCCCACCCUUGAAAGCACCUACCAAGCUAUCAGCUCUCCCACCGUUGAAAGCUCCCACCAAAGCAUCAAUUCUCUCACCGAUGAAAGCUCCCAUCAAAGCACCAGCUCGCUCACCGUUGAAAGCUCCCACCAAAGCACCAGCUCGCUCACCGUUGAAAGCUCCCACCAAAGCACCAGCUCUCUCACCGUUGAAAGCUCCCACCAAAGCACCAGCUCUCGCACCGCUGAAAGCUCCCAUCAAAGCACCAGCUCUCGCACCGCUGAAAGCUCCCACCAAAGCACCAGCUCUCUCACCGUUGAAAGCUCCCACCAAAGCACCAGCCCUCUCACCGUUGAAAGCUCCCACCAAAGCACCAGCCCUCUCACCGUUGAAAGCUCCCACCAAAGCACCAGCCCUCUCACCGUUGAAAGCUCCCACCAAAGCACCAACUCUCCCACCGUUAAAACCUCUUAUCGAGCUACCAACUCUCCAACCACAAAAAGCUCCUAUCGAAUUUUCAACUCUUAUCAAGCUACCAAAUCUCCCACCAUUAAAAACUCCUAUCAAGCUAUGAACUCUCUGAUGAGACUAAAAGGGUUGGUGCUGACAAAGACAGUGAGAUGGAUGAGAGACGUCAAGUAGGAAAAGAAAAAACAAAUCACAAGUU